AUGGGACGAGGCGAUCCAGCUGACGCCAGGAGUCAAGGUCUCCUUCUUCUCGCUCCCGGGCAGGGGCGAUGCGACCACGGCCUCCGUUGCGUCUGUUGCAUCCCCGGCUUUUCGACGGCUGUCCACUGGGAUCGUCCUGAGGACUGUUGCCAAAGUGUCGCACUAUGA